AUGGGUUGUUCAUGGGGAGGAGGGUCAACAAUAGAAGCAUCUGCAUCAGUGGGACCAGAAGAGGCAAGAAUACUAGGUGAAGGGACUGAUGAUGGAAAAGGUAUAGCAGCAGCAACAAAGGGUGAGGAAGAAGGUUGUGGUAACACAACAGGGGGUGGCAUGGGCACCAUCACGGGAGGUGGUGUGGGUACCAUAACAGAAGGUGGUGUGGGUACCAUAGGAAGGCGUGGUGUGGGUACCAAAGGAGGGCGUGGUGUGGGUACCAUAAGAGGAGGUGGUGUGGGUACAAUCACAACAGGUGGUGUGGGUACCAUUACAGGAGGUGGUGUGGGUACCUUAACAGGAGGUGGUGUGGCAUCUACAAUAGGAACGGAUGAGGAUGGUAAUGGUGUGGCUGCAACACCUUGGGAGGUUGACUGUAAGGCUGCACUAUGUGUGUCAGCAAGAGUGGAUGGAGUGGAUGUGGAUGGUCUUGCAAGAGGAACUUUUAUCAGGUAG